UCAAGUAUGAGUAUGAAAAAAUUUUCUCGUAUUGAAGUUAAUAAUUUUGGAACAUUACCAGAUAAGCCACAUGAAAUUAUACGAAGAUACACAAUUAAAAAUAAAAAUAAUGCUUGCGUUCAAUUAAUUACCUUGGGAGCUGGAAUACAAUCUAUAACACUUCCAAAUAAAAAUGGUGAUAUCGCUGAUGUUGUUCUUGGGUUUGAUAAUGUAACUGGAUACUUGAAAAACCGAUAUAUUGGUAGAAUUGUUGGAAAAGUAUUAAAUCCACUUACCAAAUUCUCAUAUGGACCUAAUAAAAAUGCAGACCAUUAUUGUUUAUUUGACAUAGUUAACUGGGAUUCAUAUAUUUUAGGCGAGCAAGUGGUAAUAUAUUGCACAUAUUUUUAUGAUAGAGUUAUGACGCAUGUCAAUUGCGAGAGCAAUAAGAAAUACAUUGGUGAUUUGCUAAUUCAGGUAAAAUACACUUGGACAGACGAUAAUCAACUGCAUGUUGAUAUAAAUGCGAUGAGCACAAAACCAAUGCAUAUUAAUGUCGAAAGCCACUGUCUUUUUAAUUUAGCUGGACAUGAUAUGGGUAUGAAGGAGUUAAAAUGUCAUGUUGUUACAAUAAAUACAAAUAACUUAUUGCAGUUAAAUACUGUGAAAGAUAUUUCGAUAAAUUUUAUUAACAAAAUUUAUAAAAAAUAUAAUUUGCAUUAUCCUUCAACACUAAGUAAAAAACGAUUGCAUAAGGUAGCUGGUGGGGGAUAUAGUCAUAAUAUAUGUAUUGCUAGUUCUAGCAAUACUUGGUACUAUCAAUUCCAUGCAAGAAUGUUACAUCCAGUAACUGGUAGGUUUUUAGAAGUUUAUUCAAAUCAUCCAUCAUUAUAUUUGUACACUGGAAAUGAUCUACCAAAUUCAAAGAAAAUUAACCCACCAGAUAUAAACAAAUAUGAUAAAAAUCAAAAUAAAGUUGAUAAAUUACAAAAAAAAAUAAUUGGUAAAAAUGGAAUACCUUAUAAAAGACAUGGAUGCUUUGCAUUUAUUGCUCAAGAAUAUCAAAAACCAUUAAAUUAUAAAAAUUAUCCUUCAAACAACUUAUAUCCAGGCAAAAUUUAUUCACAUAAUAUUACUUACAAAUUUGGAAUAGUUGUAUAAAUAAUUAUA